AUGACAGCCAGAGGCCUUCUAGAGCGGCCUAAAGACCCAAACAUAUGUCCCGCGGAAGACACUCAGGGCCCACCAAUUGUUCCUUUCAUCGCCAACCUCUCCUUCCAUCAAUUCGCAAUAAUACUAUCCGCCGCCUGUGGGAUCCUCAGUACAAUCAUAAUCGGAACGCUGGUCGUACUACAUUCUCUCAGCUAUUCGAACCCGGUGCAACAACGACAGAUUAUUCGCAUCAUCUCCUUGGUACCAUGGGUCGCUCUAUUCUCCUUCCUAGUCGUAUGGCAUGAAGCAGCAGGAGAAUAUCUUGCCCCUUCUCUAGACCUUGGCUGCUCAAUUGCGCUAUCAUCGUUUUUACUUUUCAUGUGCGACCUUGUACUUGCACAUCGGGAAGGAUUUGAUAAGUUGUUCGGAGACGGAGCGAGGGCCAGAGGAUCAAUGAAUGCUAAGAGCCCGUUUUGGAUGAAGCGGGUUUGGUACAGCGUACUCCAGUUUAUUCCAGUGAGCAUUAUGUUGUGGAUCGUUACGGUGGCCACAUUGGUUACGGAUAAAUACUGCAAGCAGUCCAAUAGUGUACAUUUUGCCCACAUCUGGCUCAUGAUAUUGGAUGCAUGCACAACCACCCUCGCCAUUCUGCAAUCUGUUAGCUUCUACAACAAGAACAAGGAACUACUUCAGAAGCAUCAAAUUCUUCUGAAGCUUUUCACAUUCAAAUCAGUGCUUGGUCUCAACUUCUUCCAAUCGUUUGUCAUCUCUUUACUUGCAGGCCAUGGCAAGCUCAGGCCUAACAAAUACAUGACCUUCCACGACAUCAACACAGGCCUUGCCUCGCUCAUCCUCUCUUGCGAAAUGCCCAUAUUUGCCAUCCUGAUGAUUGUUGCCUUUUCCCCAAGACCAUACAAAUACCAAGGUGGCCCUGCUGCUAGCCCUUUGAAUGCAAUCUUAGACGCGUGUAAUAUCUCGGAUCUGCUAUCGGCGUUCUUCCGUGGUCCUAUGCGGUUGGUGAGGGAGCAGCAACGGCAAAUUCUGAGGCAAAAUAGCAUGAGGAUUGAGUUGGUGUCUUCUUACGAUAGCGAGGAGAGGAGAGAAAGCAUAGGAAAGCUGUUCAAACCCCCUUACUCGCCCCAUCAGAUGGCCUCCCUCGACGAUAACAGCGGCUUGCCAGCACUAGCGUCAGCAACAGCAACAGCAGCCUCGAGUCCGCCCCGCUAUCACUUGCCUCCUGAGCUUUGA